UACCUUGUUGCUGAGUUGCAAAGCCAAGUGGUACGAAACCAUGUUUUCACUGCCACUGCCCCGUCUCAACCGUCCAUCGAAGGGUCAUCUUACCAGGAACCAUGGACUACGGACACUAAGGCAAAUCAAGGGUCGCAACCUACGUUACCUACCCCUUGAAGGACUGGCAUGGGUGUCCGAUUCUCUCUCGUCCAGUCACGCCGUUGCGCCUGGCGGUUCAACGUCAAGUCGUCCCGGGUUCAAUGCGCUUGCGGACAGUUUUGGGUACUGUCUUGGGAACGGCUGCUAUUACUCGGUACACUACUUUGUCCCCAAGUGACAAAAGUCCAGGGCAGUUUUACCCCUCCACGCGAAGGACCCUGAAGUUCCAGUUUUCAAGGGUCCAGUCCAGAACCCCCCACUUGUCACCACGCACCAACGGACCCCAAUCCGCGGCCAAUAUCCAAUUGAUGAGUUGCAAAUUUCUUCCGCUUUCCUUUCUGGCUACAAGGUCGACGACGACGACGACGACUUUGCGCCUGUGUCAAUCUCAUCUUCUUGCCCCUUUUAAAAACGGCAUACUUGGACGGACCGGUCAUCAACCAAAAAUAGUGUCUCCGUCUUACUGGGACCAAGCUAGACAAACCGGGCUAGUCACCUCCGGCUACAACUGUCAAGACAGUCCAGUGGAGGCAGCAAACGCCAGGGCAGACGAGCAGAAUCGGAGAGAAGAGCACCUCAGCACAAAAUCAAGCACGACGGGACUAAAACAAGAGAGGCAUCAGGGCGCGCCAUCACCCGCCAGACCAACACCACCGCCUCACUUUCAUUUCCGUCUGAUUGACGAAUAAGGACGCCUUCCUUCCGUCCAGUCCUGCCAUCUCAUUCUCGUCUCUUUUCCUUCAUCGGCCCUUUCCCCCCUUUCAAAUCUACUCUCGUUUCCCCCAUUUUUCAAAUCCAUUUUCCCCGGCUUCUUUCCUUACGCCGUAUCUCCAGUUCAACUACUUCCAACGGAUACAGCCCGGGCAGGGUUGCCACAAAGUGGUCUGACCAGUUGUGGGCUUGCCCCGUUCUCCUUACCAAAAACCCCCCCUCUCGGUCGAAAAUAAAAACAAUUAAGAAAGGGAAGAAAAAAAGAGGAGAGAGAGACCUCGAGACACAACCGCG